CUUCAUCAUCAUUAAAGUGCUUGCUCUGAACAAUCAUUCAGCUGCUUCAUACUUUCUACAAACCUAUCAGUCUUAAAGUGUUUUCGCAAAAUGGGAGCUAUUUCUAUACUUGUACUUGUCCUGGCGUGUGCUGCAAGUAGUUAUGCUCUCCCUGGAGGGGCCCCAACCUCUACUUGUGUGAACCUCACUCCCGGGCAUCCAGCGGGGGCUCAAUCGAACCCGGGCCCCUAUGAGAUUGAUAUCUCUGCCUUCAUGAACUCGUACGGAGGCAUGCCUAUGGCCUACCUACCUGGAGCAUACUACACAAUCACCCUCCGAGCUAGAACUACCAGUGCUAACACCACCUUCCGUGGCUUCCUCAUUCAAGCUAGGGACAUGGAUGGCAACCCUGUCGGAGCUUUUCUCGAUCCCUCCGCUGAUCAACCCAACAGUCGUCUGAGCAGCUGCGAGCCACCUGAGAUCGCUGUCACACACGUUCAACCUGGUAAUACAACAUUGAGGGUUGAUCUGGCGUAUGUGACCUUCACCUGGCGUGCUCCCACUACUAUUAUGACGGGACCAAUCAGAUUCUGGUUUACGACGGUGCAGCGGUUCGCUACAUACUGGGUCGCUGAAACCACUGAUCUGAUUUCAGAGAUCCCACUGACGUGCCCUGGAGCUAGUACGGGUGGAGCUGGCUCCGUUACAAGUCUGGGAGUGUGGGCUCUUCUCAGCACUGCUAUCCUGACAGCUCUGAAAGUGUCUUUUUAAUUGAACAGUUUUACAAUCAACUAUGUGUGCAAGUGCUAUUGUGUGUACAUGCAGUAUUGACUGUGCUUUGGAAAUUUCAAUGUGUUUGCACAUGACAAUGAAA